AUGGCCGACGAAAGACGAGUCUCGACGACCCCGAUCCCGGUCCCCAUGCCAUUCGGGGCACCUCAACAAGUCACAGCACCGCCCGCAUCUAGUCCACUCACGCAGAUGCCCAUCCAACAGACUCCCACAGAGCACACCGCGGCGCACAUAGUCCUAGCUCCCACCGAAGCUCCAGCUAGUCUUGAGACGCGAGCGACAACCGCGAAUGCUGAAGAGACACAAAAGGACGUGACUAUGGCCGACGCUAACGGCCUUGAGCAAGCUACGUUGUCGGCAGCUCGAGCCGGAGCGACGAACGGAGCGAGUCCUCUAGGACGGCGAACAAGUACCCCGCUGCGCACGAACGGCCAAGAACCGGGCGCGCAUACGCAUGGCCAAGAACCGAAUUCAUCGCGCGCUGCCUCGCAGCUUCCCAAUGGCCAGGAGCCCAACUCUUCGCGCGCAGCGUCGCAGCACCCUGAUCAGGGAUUCAGGAUGCCUGUCGAAGCUCCGCCCCACGGCGCGCCGGUGCGGCAGUACUUGAACUCCAAGGUUACGGGUACUCUAUUGCAGGGCAUGAAGAUGCUUGCGGAGGAACGACCUAAGGAUCCCCUGAGAGUACUGGGCGAGUUCCUGCUGCAACGAUCGAAGGAGAUCGAAAAUUAG